UCUAGUUUUGUUUGCAUCCUGACCGGCAGACUGCCACACCGCUCUCAGAUCCUCCACUGCUCAGAUCUAACUGCUUCAGAGAAUCCAAAGCGAUCAGAAGAAUAAUCAGCUGUGGUUGCGGUUAUGAGCCGUCCAUUCUGCCCUUGGGGCACAUUGAAGUGUCCAAACGAUACGAUUUUAAAAAUGGAAUGUUCUCCGAUGAUUUGUAUAUGGGGCCUCGAGUGUUGCGGUCCCUUGAAUGAAAUGUGUUGUGGAUAUAUCAGUGGUGCUGGAUAUCUGGCUAUCUGCAUAACAGUGACAUUUGUGGCAAUUGUGAUCAUCUGCAUAUGCUGCUGUUGAAAAUCAAAAUUAUUUCGGCAAAUCACUUAUCAAAGCAAUUUGUGUACAAGUGUUCGCCUUCGUAUUAAUGCAGUAAACCUUAUCUUGAA